ACAGCUUACCUGACUACCAUGUACAUUGAAAGCAAUAGCAAAUCUAACAGCAUGUUUCUCCAAGCUGUUACAGAAAAUGAUGUUAUGUCCUAUAUUGGGAAGCUUAAGAAUAAAAAGACUCUCGUUAUUUAUCAAAUGAGCAGCUAAGCCUUGUAGAGAACAUACAGAGAACAUUAGAGAAUGAAUGUAUAUACAUGUUGGGGUAUUUACAGAUUUAUCGAAAACUUUCGAUUGUAUAUCCCACCCCAC